CAGCCGAUAGAAACCUGCGUGCGCUGAUCGUCAGAAAAUGGCUAAGACUAACAUUGUUUUAAUUUUGCUGCUAGUUCUUGUGGUGAUCGUUCGCGAGUGCUCCUCCGACGGCGACUGUCCCCCGGCGAAGGUCCCGUCCUGCACUCCGAGGUGUCGCACCGAUCGGGAUUGCUCUGGAACGGGGGGAAAGUGUUGCCCCAAUCUGUGCAACACGAAAUCGUGCGUCGAUCGCACCAAGCUCACGCAAGGAGUCGUUGGUAGCAAAUAUGGCUCCAGCACCGGGGCAGGCAUCUACUGUGGAAACGUGAAGUGCAAUUCGUUCGAGAAAUGUGGAGCCGAUCCGGUCACCAAACGACCGAAGUGUGUCCGAGCGUAGCGGGUCUAGCCGAUAAGGAUCGGGUAUCACUGGUAUAACUGGUUUUUGAUACAAUAAAUUUAUGCGCCGUUGCUCGAGCUCGCUUGUUUGCCCCGUGCCUUUUCGGCCAUUCCGUGGCCGUUGCGAGGC